AUGGAUAUUUCUGGUAAAGUUGCUAUAGUCACUGGUGGUGCUCAGGGAAUUGGACGUGCUGUCACCGAAUGUUUACUGAAGAAAGGGGCCAGGGGUGUUACAAUUACUGAUGUGCAUGAGCAGAAAGGUCAAGAAACUGUCAAUGAGUUCAGCCAGCAAUACGACCAAAAAAGAGUCACAUUUAUGUAUGCUGAUGUCACUUUGAAGUCACAAAUGGAAGAUGUUUUCAGACAAACAAAGACAACAUUUGGGAGAGUGGAUAUUUUAAUCUGCAAUGCUGGUAUUUGCAACGAAUAUGAAUGGGAGAGAAUGGUAGACAUUAAUUUCGCUUCUACGAUCAGAAACACAUAUCUUGCUGUGGAAUAUAUGGGGACAAAGAAUGGAGGAAAUGGUGGAGUUAUAAUAAUCAAUUCUUCUCUUUUAGGUUUGAUACCGAAUUCUAUUAUUCCAGUGUAUGCAGCCGCCAAGAGUGGUCUGGUCGGAUUUGCUAGAAGUGUGGCGUUUGAGCCAAUGAUGUCUGAAAACGCUAUCCGUGUUGCAGCAAUUUGUCCUGGUGCAGUAAACACACAAAUUCGGAAUAGUCUAAUAACAAGAUACGACGAAAUAAUGCAAGAACUAAUGAAAACAGAGACAUCUUUAGAACCGUAUGUGAUAGGUGAUCACGUGGUAACGAUGAUAGAGGAUGCCAAAUAUAAUGGUUGUGCAUGCGUGGUGACACAUGAUGUUCCGUUCUCAGUAGUAGACCCACCUGAGAUUGUCCAUUCACAGUGCAAUUCUUGA